AUGAAACAAUUUCUAGUUUCUCUUUGUCUCAUGGGAACGUUUCUACAUGCCUUGGCCCAAUGCAGUGCGCCAGACUCUGAUUUUCGGCUGGAAGGAGAUUAUUUAUUGGGUGGACUUUUUGAUAUUCAUCACGAUGAUGACCCUGUUUAUCAUGACAGACCAGAAGCCGCUGAAUGCUCCAGUAAACCCUUCAAUCUCCCAAGUUAUCAGAGGUUUCAGCUGAUGAGAUUCUCCGUGGAGGAAAUCAACAACUCUACCAACCUCCUGCCAAACGUAUCUCUCGGCUAUGAGAUAUUUGACCAUUGCUCAGAUUUACACAAUUUUCCAGGAAUUUUGCAACUCCUCUCAGUCAAUGGUUUGAUCAAACCUUGGGGUGAACAACACAAGAAUCCGUCCAAAGUCAAGGCAGUGGUCGGCCCCUUUUCAAGCACUAACACCCUGACUGUAGCCCCACUCUUCAUGAGGAAUCUCAUUCCUUUGGUCAGUUAUGGAGCUGCAUCCUCUGCCUUGUCAAAGAAAGUGAAAUUUCCCUCUUUCCUGCGAACAGUGCAUUCCAAUAAAGAAGUCAUAAAUUUGAUUGUUAACAUUUUGAAGCACUUCAACUGGCGCUGGGUUGCUUUUCUUAACAGUGAUGAUGCUUAUGGCAUUGAUGGCUUGGAAUUGUUCAAUCAGAGGAUAAAGGAUACUGAAAUCUGCAUGGCAUACACCAAAGGUCUCAACGACGAUACAAAUGGGAUCCAAAUAUUCCAACAGAUAGAGGCACAGAAGAUACACACCAUUAUUGUUUUUGCUCCGAAAAGCACAUCCGAAGCUCUCAUUGAAUCGGCAAUACGACUGAAUGUCACCAAAAAGGUGUGGAUUGCAGGGGACACCUGGUCCUUAAGCAAAAAGCUCCACAAGAUGAAAGGAAUCAAAAAUAUUGGUACUGUAAUCGGAGUGUCUCAGCCAGUAGUGACAAUACCUGGUUUUAGCGAUUUCAUCUAUUUUUCCAGAAAUCAGACUGAUUGUGAAAAUGCAGAAAAAAAAGAGUUUUGUAAUCAGGCUUGUACCUGCAGCAGCCUGAGCGCAGAACAAAUCCUUUCCGUGGACCCUUCUUUUAAUUUUCCCGUUUAUUCUGCUGUUCAUGCCAUUGCUCAUGCCUUACACAAUGCCUUGCAAUGUGGAUCCGGCAGAUGUAAUAGCAAUAUUACAGUCCAUCCAUAUAUUGUGCUUGCUGAGCUGAAGAAGUCAAACUUUAUAUUUUUAAAUCAAAGUAUUCAGUUUGAUGAGAAUGGCGACCCCAGGUUUGGAUCCUAUUCUAUAGUGUUCUGGAAUCACAGUGGUGAAGCAGAGGUGAUCGGUCAAUAUCGUUUUCACCCAUCAAUUGAGUUCUACAUCUACGAUAGCAGAAUUCAGUGGUACACAGACGGAAAAGUGCCUACUUCAGUGUGUUCCCAAGAAUGUCAAGUAGGAUUUUCAAAAAAGCAAGAGGGAAUGCACAAAUGCUGCUUCAAUUGUUUGAUCUGCCGGAGUGGAACAUAUGUCAACAUUACAGAGGAUGCCUACAGCUGUAUCAACUGUAAGGUGACAGAAUGGUCUGCAGCAGGAAGUACAUCAUGCAACCUGCGGGUGGUGGAGUACAUCCCGUUCACAGACACCAGGGCUAUACUGAUCAUGGUCGGGGCCUGGGCCUUGGUGGGCUUCACACUCGCCGUAUCUGUUCUGUUUGCCAUCAACUACAACACACCUGUUGUCAGAUCUGCUGGGGGACCAAUGUGCUUCCUGAUUUUAGGCUGCCUCAGUCUGUGUAGCAUAAGUGUGUUCUUUUACUUUGGAAAGCCAACAACUUCCUUUUGCAUCCUGAGGUUCUUACCAUUUCUCUUGUUCUACACGGUUUGUCUGGCCUGUUUUCUUGUGCGCUCUUUUCAAAUUGUUUGCAUUUUCAAAAUAGCUGCCAAGUUCCCCAAACUCCACGGUUGGUGGAUUAAAUAUCAUGGACAAUGGCUGGUCAUCACUGCGGCAUUCAGUAUUCAGGCACUCUUACUUCUUAUUGGCUACAGUUUUAAUCCCUUGAAGCCCUUUAAUGAAACAAUUUGGUACCCAGACAAAAUCAUACUUGGUUGUGACAUUAAUCUCAAAGCCACCUCUGGUCCUGUGCUUUUACUCGUGUCUUUGUGCUCCUUUUGCUUUAUUUUCUCCUACAUGGGAAAAGACCUCCCGAAAAAUUACAAUGAGGCCAAAGCAAUAACCUUCUGUCUGCUCCUGCUGAUCCUUACCUGGAUCACCUUUGCUACUGCAUAUGUGCUUUACCAUGGAAAGUACAUCCCAAUACUAAAUGCUCUGGCCAUACUCUCCAGUCUCUACUCCUUUCUCUUGUGGUAUUCUCCAAAAUGCUACAUCAUCAUUUUUCAAUCCCACAGAAACACACAUGAGUUCUUCCAAGGACUCAUUCAGAAUUAUACCAAAACAAUCAGCCAGUAG